AUGGGGAAAAAGGUGGAGACGAAGGAGAACAUGACCGAGGAGCAAGAACUGAUGCAGCGCACUGCGUUUGGGAAGGCCUUUUAUGAUCUUACGCAUUCAGAGAGGGUGAUGAAUGAUCUGACAUUUGGACGCCGAGUUGGCCUUUACGAGCUGAGAGGAGAAAUCGGCUCUGGAAACUUCUCCCAGGUUAGAUUGGGGAUCCAUGACCUGACCAAAGAAAGAGUGGCAGUAAAAAUCCUGGACAAGGUGCGGCUGGAUAAGCGAUCACAAGCACUUUUCAGCUCUGAAAUCUCUUGCAUGGAAAAGCUGUCUCACCCCAACAUUGUGCGCCUGUAUGAGGUGGUGGAGACACUCAAGCGGCUCUACCUGGUGAUGGAGUAUGCCAGCGGAGGGGAGCUGUUCUCUCGUAUCAGCACCAGGGGGCGCCUGUCAGACCUGGAAAGCAAGCUUGUAUUUUCCCAGGUUCUGUCUGCAGUCAAGCAUAUGCAUGAUAAUAAUAUUGUGCACAGGGAUCUGAAGGCUGAGAACAUCUUCUACACCAACACCUACUGCAUUAAAGUGGGCGACUUUGGUUUCAGCACGUCCUGCAUUGAUGUCCUUCACACAUUCUGUGGCUCUCCUCCUUAUGCAGCCCCCGAGCUGUUCAAGGAGAAAGGAUACAUUGGUCAAUUUGCAGAUAUCUGGGCGCUGGGUAUCUUGCUUUACUUCAUGGUGACUGCUGCUAUGCCGUUUAAAGCUUCUAACACGAGAAGGCUUAGAUGUUGUAUCCUACAGGGCUCCUUUGCCAUUCCCCCCUAUGUACCUAAUUCAUGCCAGGAGAUCAUUAAGGGCCUCCUGAGACCGAUUCCUGUAGAUCGCCUCACUGUGGCACAGAUCAUGGACAGUGACUGGAUGAGAGGUAUUGAAUACCCCCAGGCCUACCCAGCUUGUAGCCCUACGCCCCACCACUUAGUCGAGCCAUCUCACAUCCUGAGCGCAGAUGAACUGACUGUGAAGGCAGCGCUGGAAGAUCUUGGCAUCACCAAGAUCCACCUCCUCAACAACAAACUAGACUUAGGAAGCCCCAUUACGGGCGCUUAUCGAAUUUUGCUACACCGCGUCCAAAAGCGGAGGUCUGUAGAAGCUGUGGGCUACACCCAGAUGUGUACCAAAGAGUCCCACAACAGACUCCCAUGGAGAGCAGACUCAGAUAGUCUGCUAAACAAACACCACUCCGUGGUCUGUAUCAUCAUGUAA